CAGGCAAACAGCUGAGCAGCGACUCCCCCCCCACACACCUUGUCAGUGCAAAUCGCAGCGUUGAGACAAGGAGACAUCAGUCCAGAAGUGGUGGGAAGCUGCGGGAGAAGUGCUUGAUGUGAAGCGACAGGCAGCAGAAGAGCACGGCAAACCCACUCAGAGAUUAGCGUCCACAUGUCCCUGCAGCAGGAACACUGUCCGACUCUGUAAACCUCUGUAGUUUGUCUCUGGCGGAGGCUUUGGUGGUGGGAGGAUCAUUAAAGGCGCUCAUUCACUUCUGAAGCUGGUGGCUUGUCACAGUGGGGCUGGCCAGCAGCUCUCCGAGCGCUUGACACCGGGCUGCAAACAAAAUGCCAGGAGAUGGAUUCACGAUUAAAAGUCGCAUCAGGAAUUUGCUGCGUUCUCCAUCAACCAAGCACAAGAUGAACAGGAAAGAGAAUCUCUCCAGCAAGGUGACUUUGGAGAAGGUGCUGGGAAUCACUGCUUCAGGAAACAGUGGUCUGGCCUGUGACCCCCGAUCUGGACUAGUGGCCUAUCCUGCAGGGUGUGUGGUAGUCUUGCUGAAUCCCAGAAAGAACAAACAGCACCACAUUAUCACUUCAAGAAAGACCAUCACAGCUCUGUCCUUCUCCCCUGAUGGCAAGUACUUGGUCACAGGAGAGAGCGGUCACCUUCCAGCGGUGAGACUUUGGGACGUGGCAGAACGAAGACAGGUGGCGGAGCUCCAGUCGCACAAAUAUGGCGUCUCCUGCGUGGCUUUCUCCCCCAACAGCAAAUACGUUGUCAGUGUGGGAAACCAGCACGACAUGAUGGUCAACGUCUGGGCGUGGAAGAAAGACGUAGUAGUGGCGGCCAACAAGGUGUCCAGUAAGGUGACUGGUGUGUCUUUCUCUGAGGACAGCUCCUACUUUGUGACUGUGGGGAACAGACAUGUCAAGUUCUGGUAUCUGGACCACUGCAAGGCCAGCAAGGCCAGUGCUCCUGUCCCUCUGCUGGGCCGCUCGGGGCUGUUGGGAGAGCUUAGGAAUAACUUCUUCUGUGAUGUGGCCUGUGGAAGGGGCUCUACAUCUGACUCCAUCUUCUGCAUUACCUCCUCUGGCUUGCUGUGUGAGUUUAACAGCAAGAGGAUGCUGGACAAGUGGGUGGACCUACGGAUGGGCGUGGCCCAGUCUCUGUCUCUGUCUGAGGAUAUGAUCUUCUGCGGCUGUGCUGAUGGAACGGUGCGAGCCUUCAGCCCUGUUGACCUGCACUUUGUCUGCACCCUGCCGCGCCCGCACGCCCUCGGCUCUGACGUCUCGGCCAUCACGGAGGCCAGCCACCUAUUUUCCACCAAGACGGACGCCCGUUACCCAGACGCCGUUGCUGUUACCUAUGACUCCGUCAGCCACUGGCUCAGCUGUGUAUAUAGCGACCACAGUUUGUAUGUGUGGGAUGUGAGAGAUGUCAACAGGGUGGGGAAGGUGCACUCUGCCCUCUUCCAUGCUGCCUCUGUCGGGGACCUGGAGAUGUUCCCAGAUAUUCCUGGGGAAUUGGGUGCUGGUUUGUCAUCAGGUGCGUUCCUUAGUUGCUCAGCUGAUAACACCAUCAGACUGUGGCGCAUGAACGAUUGGACACAAACUCGUGUUCAUUCUCAGAACAUCCUCAGCAGUGAUCUCCUGAAUAUAAUCUACAUAGAUGGAAACACUGGUGCCUUGCUGGAUCCAGAAUGUACGACAAAUGCGAAUGCAGACAAACCAGGGGAUGGGCAGACAGCAGAAAGCAGGACGGGCAUCAGGACCAUCUGUGUCAGUCCAGACGGAAAACACCUGGCAUCUGGAGAUCGCAACGGGAUGCUGAGGGUUCAUGACCUCAGCAGCAUGGAGGAGAUUCUGAAAGUGGAGGCCCACGAUGCUGAGAUCCUCUGUCUUGAAUACAGUAAACCAGAAACAGGUCUGAAGCUGCUGGCCACAGCUAGCAGGGACCGUCUGAUUCAUGUCUUGGAUGCUGAGGAUGACUACAGUCUGGUGCAGACACUCGACGAGCACUCUUCAUCCAUAACAGCCGUCCGCUUUGCUGCCAAUGACAACAAGGUGAGGAUGAUCAGCUGUGGGGCAGACAAGAGCAUCUAUUUCCGCACUGCACACAAGACAGACACAGGAACAGAGUUCAGGCGUUCUCACCACUUGGUGAGGAAGACCACACUGUACGACAUGGAUGUAGACCCCACCUGCAAGUACGCUGCUGUCGGCUGUCAGGACCGCUGCAUCAGGGUUUUCAACAUCAGCAGUGGCAAACAGAAGAAACUCUACAAGGGAUCACUGAGUGAGGAUGGCAGUCUGCUCAGGGUUCAGCUCGAUCCGUCAGGUCAAUACGUGGCCACCAGCUGCUCCGAUAAAAACAUCAGCAUCUUUGACUUCUACACUGGGGAGUGUGUUGCCACUAUGUUUGGACACUCUGAAAUUGUCACUGGGAUGAAGUUUACCAACGACUGCAAGCAUUUGAUUUCUGUGUCAGGAGACAGCUGUAUCUUUGUGUGGCGCCUGGCUCCAGAACUGACAAUCAGCAUGAGAGAGAGGCUCUACCAGCUCCGACAAAACCCAAACACACCACCCUGCAAGACCUCCAGUCUCAGGCGACAGGUGUACAGUGGCCCCAUUCUGGGUGGUCUGUCCUCUGACAGUGACCGUGAGCACGAGGAGGAGGACGGAGCAGAGAACGACGACCCCAACGACCCAGAAGACAUCACAACCAAUACUUCCUCUGACAGCAGCCAUGGAGAGGAGGACACAGGUGGCUCAGAUGAAGGACAAGACUGGGAGCUCACAAAGCAUGGAGUCGUCAGCCAGGUGACUCCUGAGUCCUCCAAGCGUCCUCGGAGGCGCUGGUCUCAUCGUAUGGGCUCUCUGGAGGUGAUGGUUAAAUCCAUGCUGGACCUGAAGCAGCUGGAGACCUUUGCUCACAAGAAAAACCCAAAUUUCCCCCCUCAUGACAGAGAGAGACAGAGCAUGUCCAGCCUCCAGGAGCCCAUGCUGCAGUUGGAUGAGAGAGCCAAGAGGCAUCGGCCCUGGCCACAUGCUGACUGGCUGUCCUCACACUUAUCCAAAGGCAUCAGGGGGUCUGACGGAGCUGUGCUGUACCCUGAGGAGAACGGGGAUGAUACAAGUCUACAGGGAAGUGAUUACAUGGUGAAGGAGCAGCAUUGCAGGAUACAAGGGCGAGGGAUCCGCAGUGAGAGCCAGGAAAGCCGCAGCCCGGACAGUGCUUGCUCUCUGGGCUACAACAGCAGAGAGUCCAGCCCGGAUCAUGUCCUGGAUGAUGUGGAGUCCCUGAGCCAGGACAGCUUUGAUGAGGAGAAUGAAGAGAGGGACGGGCAAAAGGCAGAAGUGACGAGUAUGGACGAGGCUCUGAGGACAGUGGCUGGCACUGCUGACCGCAGUCAAGAUUUCCUCAAGCAGAACUUUGAGACACUGGCAGAGAGCUGCAGCAUGGCUGAGCAGAGCAGAGUCCCUAGGCUCAGUAUAUCUUCACGCUUCCUGGCCAGAGGACAUAAUAACAGGGGCAUGCCUCUGUUUGCCAAAGUGCAUGGAAAGGAACAAGGCAGUCACUCUGCUAAACCCCCUGUGUCAAAAGUACAGCCCUUGAUGGAAGAUAAUCAGAGCAGAGACACAGAAGACAAGACCCCUGUGUCCCCUGGCAGGAGCAAGGGGCCAAAGACAGAUGCUCCAGAGAGAGACUGUGCUCCUACUCUUAGACCCCUGAAGAAGAAGACUUCAGGGUCCCACCUGUGGAGGCUGUCCAACCCUCCAUCCAAAGCUCCACUGUUGUUGGACAGAGCGACAUGCUUACAGAAAUCCUACUCUGCCCAGAACCUGUCCUCAGACUCUCUGCACUCCCCUGUGUCCUCUAGUGACGGAAGGGAGUUGCGCAAGAGACCUCAGCAGCUUUUCCUGGAUCAUGACACUCCUACUCCUUCCUUCCACUUUUCUUCACCCUCCUCUGGGUCCCCACAGUCUCCCCAGUCCCCUCUGCCCUGGGAGAGCCCCAAACUCAAGCCCCAGCACUCCUACAUGAACCCCACUGCCAGCUCCAUGGCCAAAAGCAGCCGCUCCUUGUCGCUGGGAGAGUGUAUCCAGAUGGGCUCUCCACCUUGCUCCCCCUCCUUCCACAAGGCCAGGAGGUCAUGUGGGGAGCUGGAGGUCGAACCUCCCCUGCUCACCUCGUCUCCUGUCGCCGCUUUCCCCUCUACUGUCUCAUCAACAUCAUCCCUCUUAUUGUGUCCUCUAUCAAACAGUCCCUCCCCAACUCCUCCCCAUCAUACAUCUACAGUUUCACCCUCUCCUUAUUCUCAGAACAUCCCGCCCUCUCGCAUCCCGCUCCCCAAACAGCCUCUCAGCCCUCGCCGCAGCCUCUGCCUGGAGGUGAAGCCGAGUUCAAGUUGUUCUGGAGGCCCGAUGAGGGCUUCUACUCCUACCAUAGACCCUGGAUGUGUUGUUACACCUACUCCAGGAAACAGUCAAGCACUGGGCAGGCCUCUGUCUCUAAAUUUGGAUUCUUCUUUGCCAAGUUCACUACCAGUGAAGCAGAAGAGAGGCUCGGUUUCAGAGAGUGCCAUGGAGCCAGGACAGGUGGCUGCAGCCAAAGAGUGCCCUCUUGUGCCAGAAAAGGCCCACACAUCAGGCGCUGACCCCCAGCCAGAUCACUCUAUCACCUUGGAAACUUGUAGGCAGGCUGUUACUGAGCUUCACAACAGUCUGAGGAAAACCGUUAUGCUCUACACUACGGUGCUACAGUCCGGCCAGCCCAGUGAAGAGCAACAAGAAAUAAGGAGCGUCCUGUCCGAGGCCCUGUUCACAGUCAAGGCUGAGCUGGACUCUCUGCCUCACCCCACCUCACAGUGUGAAGGGCCCAGAGUGGACCAAGGGGUCAAAGGUGAGGGAGAGAAGGCCCUGGCUCUGCUGGAGCAGUACGCUGAGCUGCUGCUGAAGUCUGUGGAGAGGAGACUACAUACCAAGACUUGAGGAGAUGGACUGAUGUUUGCACAUAUGCCAGUAGGAGCCAGACACAUGCACACACAGUAACACUGUGAAUUGCACACUUGUUAUUUGCACAGAGAUUUUUUUAUGGCUUUAUUUAUGGACUGAAUGCAGAUAUUUUGUCGUUAUAUUUGGAGAACCUGAAAAAAAUCAAUGUUGUGUAUUAUGCACUGAAAACAGAACGAGUGAAAAAGAUCGCCUUAUUUUUGAAGUUGCCAUAGAUCUUCUUUGUCUGUUUUCCAGUUUUUAAAAUCAAAUUUCAUGAGUAUAAGUAAUGAAUCACAAUUGUUACAAAGGGAGACACCAGAAGGACAAAGAUGAUGAAGUUACACGAAGAGCACAAGCAGUCAAAUGAUGUAAUUGGCUAAAUACUGUAUUUGGGUCACAAAAUUCAUCCUGUGGUAUCGGGCACUGUUUAAGUGGUUGUGUUAAAGAUGGCUAUGUUUUGGUAAAGGUUAAGAAGUCUAAAGCCCCAUUAGCAUCCCCUAGAGGCUACAGGGUUCAUUAUUCCUUUCCAAAAUAUAAAAAUGAAAGAAGAGAAGACACUUUUCUAAUGAUUUUUCUAUAUAAAUGUGAAAGGGCGGCGUUACAGCAAGUAACAUAGAGCUAUUAAAAUCUAAAAGGUUUAUGCCUUUGCUCAGUAAUUGUCAUGGAAAUAUCACUCGAAUUGGGAGAUACUGUAUCUUGCGUGCAACAUUCAUAUUCUGGCCAACUGAGUACACAUUUUAAGUUCAUUAAGUAUCCAAAAUGUAAAGGGUUCAUCCUCUGGGGAAUAGGCACAUGUAAAUUUCAUGACUAUUUUGCUAGAAUUGUUUGUACAAUUAAAUGCUUGGGUCUGAUUGUGACACUCAUGAUGAAUGGGUUUUUGACAAACAAAACAAGCAAUUGGAAAACGUCAACUUGGUUUUGUGAUGCACUGGGGGAACCGUAAAUAUCCAAAUCAAUUUUCAAUCUGGCCAGCUAUAGAGACAUUUUCCUCCAGGCCAAAGUGUUGCACAGAUGGACACAACUGACAUCUGCAUCCUUAGGCCCCACUGCUAAUGGGGCACAACUGGUUUCUGGUAGGUACUAUCUAGAGAUGGAUAUGUUAAAGUGGGAGGUUAGAGGAAGAUAAGUUAAGGUGGGAGGAUAGAAAUGGUUAUAUUGAGGUAUGAGAUGUGUCAGAUGACGGACCUGGGAAGAUGUUUUACUGUGUAAUUCAUAUUUUUGUGCCAAUGGUGUCUUCCUAAUUGCAGAGUGCUGUAGCUGUAACUUUAGACCAGUUUUCAUUGCUUUAUGUAAAUCAUAAUUAGUCUGUUAUUCUUCUGUACAUUUGUGCAACUUUUCAUAGUGCUGAUUUUAAUGUUCUACUGGGAUUUUAUAUUUCUCUGAAAGAGACUUUUCUUCUGUUACUUCAAACUGUUGCACUGUUAUUCUUUAAGCUCUUAAAAAAAAUAAACACUGAAAACAAUG